AAGAGUCGCGAAGUGAUGAUGUAAAUAUAAGCUUGCGAUAGCAAUGGCGAGCGGAAAGAAAAAUGCGAUUUUGUCGUCACUGGCGGCUUAUGGGGAUGAUUCGGAACAGGAAUCUGACACCGAUACCGGGGAGGCAGAGGAGCAAGGAGGGCUGGUGUCGGCUGACUAUGGGGAGUAUGAUGUGAGCCGCGUGGAGGAGGGAGACUCGAGGAUCUCCAUGGAUGAGGAAAGCAGGGACAGCUCCAGGAACUCGGAAGAGGAAGAGUCCGAUACCGAGCCCCCUGAAGCAUAUGACGGAAAGGAGAUACCUGAAGGAGAGAAGAAGGACCCAAACGAGCUUGUUGCUCAGUUCUCGGAACGGGUGCGGAACAUGUCUCCAGAUGAGAUCCGAAUCCCCCCCGAGCCCCCAGGACGCUGUUCUAACAACCUGCAGGAGAAGAUCCAGAAGCUGUAUGAGAGGAAGCUUCACGGGGAUAUCGACACUAACAGCCACAUCCAGAAUAAGAAGGAAUUUCGCAACCCCAGCAUUUAUGAAAAGCUGAUCCAGUAUUGUGGAAUUGAUGAACUUGGAACAAACUACCCAAAGGACAUGUUUGAUCCUCAUGGUUGGUCAGAAGAUUCCUACUACGAGGCUCUAGCUAAAGCCCAGAAGGUGGAGAUGGACAAACUGGAAAAGGCCAAGAAGGAGCGAACUAAGGAGGCUACUUCAGGAGGACUAUCUCUCUUUCAGAUUGAGUUUGUGACUGGUACCAAGAAGGGCACAACAACCAAUGCUGCUGCCACCACCACCAGCACUGCCAGCACCACAGCUGCAGAUGCUCAGAAGAGGAAGAGCAAGUGGGACUCUGCUGUGCCAGUAACCCUUGCACAGCCCACCAUUCUCACAACUACGGCAACUCUGCCCGCUGUCGUCUCGGUAACAACUACUGCCAGCGGCACCAAGACCACCGUCAUCUCUGCUGUGGGGACCAUUGUUAAGAAAGCCAAGCAGUGACGGCAUCCCCCUGGUGUACUGGCUCUGAAAAUUUCAGUGCUCUUAAAGGAGGUUCAUCCACCUCUGUGGACGUCUCUAGAUAAUGUAAUGACAAACUUUCAACGAAGCUGAUUGCAAUUCACCAUUGUCAGCUGUACAGAGUGGUAUUCAUGCAGUUGCUGAGUCCGGGAGGUCCAUUUUGCUGGGAUCUCCGUGCCAGUCUUGUUAGUUAAAGGAAUUCAAGGACCUGAAAUAUCCCAUAACAUUUUGUAUGAGAAAACCAACUGGCAUGUUGUGUUGUGUGUUUUUUUGUUUUGUUUUGUUUUUUACAUAUAAUUGUGAAUAAAAUAUUUUAAGUAUGAAAGCUUUCAAAUUCAA